UCGCGAACUUCCUGGUUUUACUUUGAAAAGCCCGCCGGAAGCAGGUGCAGCUUACGGUCGGCUCGGUGUCGGUGCGGCGGAGACGAAGCCGAACCUCGGCUCGACUUUUUGUUCAGUUUUAACGAGUCCCACGCGGAUGAGAAGCCGUCAAAGCGCCGCAGCCGCCGGACCACCGGCAGAAAGCCGCCUUCCUCUGCCCAGAAACCGGUGACACAUCCGGGACGGACGCGUUGAGGCCACCGUGCACACUGAGGUCAUUGUCUCAACGCCCUCCGUCCGACCAACGCGCACGUCCACGCUGCAGUUUGACGUGUCAGGCGGGCCGCUCGCUGACGCCUCACAGCCUUUGUCUACGUCCGUUGCCACGGAGAACUAGGUGACGUGUGUUCCCGUCCUGAUGGAGGCGCUCUGAGGGUCACACUGAGAGGCGCCCCCCCCCCCCCCCCUCCCCCUCUGAAGUCUGCCCAGAUGUCUUUUCCCAGUAGUGAAAACAUCUCCACCAAAGGGCCGGUGAAGUAUGGAGAGCUCAUCGUGCUCGGGUGCGGCGGCGACAAGGAGAGGGGGAGGAGCCGCUUCGCUCUGUGCCGCCGGAGCAAGGCCAACGGGGUGAAGCCGAGCACCGUCCACGCGUCCUGCACGCCGCAGGCCGCCAAGGCCGUCAGCAACAAGGAGCAGCACAGCAUCUCGUACACGCUGUCCCGCGCGCAGACGGUGGUGGUGGAGUACAGCCACGACGGCGGCGUCGACAUGUUCCAGGUGGGUCGCUCCACGGAGAGCCCCAUCGACUUCGUGGUGACGGACGCGCCGCCCGCCGACGGCCAAUCGGCUCAGAGCACCAUCUCCCGCUUCGCCUGCCGCGUCGUCUGCCAGAGGGAGCCGCCCCACGCCGCGCGCAUCUACGCCGCCGGCUUCGACUCCUCCAGGAACAUCUUCCUCGGGGAGAAAGCCGCCAAGUGGAGGACGGCGGACGGUCAGAUGGACGGGCUGACCACCAACGGCGUCCUGGUGAUGAACCCGCGCCACGGCUUCGGCCAGGGCUCCCGACCCGGCCCGUGGAGGGAGGUGUCCGUCUGCGGCAACGUCUUCACGCUGCGGGAGACCAGGUCGUCGCCGCAGAGGGGCCAGAUGGUGGAGCCCGAGUCCAACGAGCUGGCGGACGGGUCCCUCGUCGACCUGUGCGGCGCCACGCUGCUGUGGCGCACGGCGGAGGGCCUGGCGCACGCGCCCACCGCCAAGCACCUGGAGGCGCUGCGGCGGGAGCUGAACGCCGGGCGGCCGCAGUGCCCCGUGGGCCUCAACACGCUGGCCUUCCCCAGCAUGCGGCGCAGGGACGUGGUGGACGAGAGGCAGCCCUGGGCCUACCUGCGCUGCGGCCACGUGCACGGCUACCACGGCUGGGGGGGGCGGCGCGACCCCGAGGUGGCGGCGGCGUGCCCGGAGAGGGAGUGCCCCAUGUGCCGCACGCGGGGCCCCUACAAGCCGCUGUGGCUGGGCUGCGAGGCGGGCUUCUACGUGGACGCCGAGCCGCCCACGCACGCCUUCGCCCCCUGCGGCCACGUCUGCUCGGAGAAGACGGCGGCGUACUGGGGCCGGGUCCCGCUGCCGCACGGCACGCACGCCUUCCACGCCGCCUGCCCGUUCUGCGUGGAGCCGCUGGGCGCCGGGGCCGGCUGCGUCCGGCUCAUCUUCCAGAGCCCGCUGGACUAGAGGCCGCCUCGGGCUUCAAAGCGACACUCUACUCUCUGGCGGGUUUUUCCCCUCUUGACUUAAUUUAACUUAAUUAUUUUGAGCAUUACGAAUUGAUUGUGUUGCCAUUUUUGGGGGGAAAUCAGAAAUGCUUCAUGCAGCGUUAUCCUCCUCUAGGGUUUCUCCCUGGACCCUCGUGUUCUAUUUAUUCCUUUUCAAUGUCCUCUUUUAUAAAUCAACGCGGAAUUCAACAGCUGAUUCCUGUCUCGCCUUUUCUUAAAGAGCCACAGAGACGUGAGUCGAUCCACUUCCUGUUUCUAAAGGCAGAUGCUCACAUGAUUCAUAACUUAUUUCUGUAUUUGAUCCUUUUUCACCAAAAUCAAGUGACCUUUCUUGUUAACACUGUUUUGUUGAAUUGGCAGGGACUGUAUUUUGUUCUCUUAAAACAAGCUUUUAUCAUGACUUUACCAAAAUAUAUUAUUUUUGAAACA